GCGUUCUGUCAUGUCGGCUUCCGACCUGGAACUGGAAGUAUCAGUCUCGGAGGGCUAUGCCGACUUCAAUGUGCCCGCUGCUGGAAAGCCCUGCAAGACGUGGUACAAGAUCUUUGGCGACUUAAAGUCGAGUAGACCACUCAUCGGACUGCACGGCGGGCCAGGCGUUGUCCACAACUAUCUCCUCCCUCUUGCCGACCUCACCAAAGCCUACUCUAUUCCUGUCGUUCUGUAUGAUCAGAUAGGCAACGGGCGAAGCACCCAGUUGCCCCAAAAGAAGUUUGACGAAGCGUUUUGGGCAGAUCAACUCUUCGUGGACGAGUUGGAGAAUCUGCUCCGGCAUCUAGGCAUCCAAAACGAUUACAAUUUACUCGGUCACUCAUGGGGUGGGAUGGUAGCCGCGAGACACGCGACGAAGAGGCCGGAAGGACUUCGCCGAUUGAUUCUGUCCAACGCGCCCGCUGAUAUGAAACAAUGGCCCAUCGCCCAGAACGCCCUUCGCAAAGGCCUGCCAAAGGAGGUACAGGAUGUCUUAGACGCUCAGGAAGGUGUAGGUGCCUAUCAUUCGAAGGAGUAUCAGGAUGCUAUGGGGGUCUUCUACGGCAGGCACAUGUGCCGCGUCCAUCCCACGCCGGAUGAGCUGAAGGCGUGUUUCGAUCCGGAUAACAAAGACGACACGGUUUGGAUGACAAUGAACGGUCCCUCCGAGUUCGAAAUCACUGGGACGAUCAAGGACUGGACGAUCGUUGAUGAAGCGCGAAAUAUCAACGCCCCGACGCUCUUGAUCAAUGGCCGUUAUGACAGUGCGCAAGACAACGUGGUAGAAGGAUACUUCGGGAGCAUACCUCACAUACGAUGGUACACCUUCGCAGAGAGCAGCCAUAUGCCCCAACUAGAGGAGCGGGAGAGAUUCAUGCGUCUUGUUUCCCGCUUUCUGUUGGACGACAUUUGA